AUGAAGUCAGAUUUCCAGUUUUCAAAUCUUUUAGGGACAGUUUAUCGACAAGGAAACCUUCAAUUUACUGAAGAUGGAACCAAGUUAUUAAGUCCAGUAGGAAACAGAGUGAGUGUUUUUGACUUAAUCAAUAAUAAAUCAUAUACUUUAAAUUAUGAACAUAGGAAAGAUAUAGUAAGAAUUGCAUUAAAUAAACAAGGAACUUUAUUAUUAAGUAUUGAUGAAGAUGGAAGAGCUAUUUUAGUGAACUUUGUAGCCAGAACAGUGUUACAUCAUUUUAAUUUCAAAGAUAAAGUCCAAGAUUUGAAGUUUAGUCCUUGUGGGAAGUAUUUUGGUAUAGCAUGUAGUAGAUUCAUACAAAUUUGGAAGACUCCUGAUUUUAGUGAAGACAGACAAUUUGCUCCAUUUGUACGUCAUAGAAUAUACUCCGGUCAUUAUGCAGAUGUUAUAUCGAUUUCAUGGUCAAAUGAUUCAAGAUUUUUCAUCUCAACUUCAAAAGAUAUGACAUCGAAAUUAUUUUCCAUAAAUUCAGAAGAAAGUGAUGUUGCUAUGACUUUAAGUGGUCAUAGGGAUUAUGUCAUCAAUGCAUUUUUCAAUCAAACCCAAGAAAUCAUUUAUACUUUAAGUAAAGAUGGAGCAUUAUUUAAAUGGGAAUAUACUGAGAAACCAGGAGCCGAAAGUGAAGAUGAAGAAAGUGACAGUGAAAAUGAAGAUGAAGAACCAAAACAAAAGACCAAACCAAUGAGUUGGAGAAUCACAGGUAAAAAUUUCCUUUAUGCUGAUGGUAAAGUUAAAUGUUCAGUAUUCCAUCCACAAUCAAAUUUAUUAGUUAUUGGAUUAAGUAAUGGAGAAUUCAGAAUCUAUGAAUUACCUGAUUUCACUUUGGUACAACAAUUAAGUAUGGGACAAAAUUCCAUUAACACCGUUAAUAUUAACAAAACUGGGGAAUGGUUAUCAUUUGGAUCAUCUAAAUUGGGACAAUUAUUAGUCUAUGAAUGGCAAAGUGAAUCUUAUAUCUUGAGACAACAAGGACAUUUUGAUUCCAUUAAUCAUAUUUGUUAUUCGCCCGAUGGUUCAAGAAUUGUCACUGGGUCAGAUGAUGGUAAGAUCAAAGUAUGGGAUAAUAGAUCAGGAUUUUGUUUAAUGACAUUUGACCAACAUAAAUCAAGUAUCACAGGAUUACAAUAUAGUAAACGAGGACAAGUUUUAUUUUCAUCAUCAUUAGAUGGUACAGUAAGAGCUUUUGAUUUAAUAAGGUACAGAAACUUCCGUACAUUCACAGCAACAGAAAGAAUUCAAUUUAAUUGUUUAGCAGUUGAUCCAAGUGGUGAAAUUGUUUGUGCUGGAUCUCAAGAUAAAUUCGAUAUCUUUGUAUGGUCAGUUCAAACAGGUCAAUUAUUAGAUAGUUUAGCUGGUCAUGAAGGUCCUAUAUCAUGUUUAUCAUUUGGUGUAGAAAAUUCUAUCUUGGCUUCAUCUUCUUGGGAUAAUACCAUUAGAAUAUGGAAUAUUUUCAAUAGAACUCAAACUGUUGAACCAAUUGAAGUUCACAGUGAUGUUUUAAGUCUUUCUAUGAGACCUGAUUCUAAAGAAUUAGCUAUCAGUACAUUAGAUGGUCAUAUAACGAUAUUUGAUGUUGAAAAAGCUGAACAAAUUCAUUUAAUUGAUGGUAAAAGAGAUAUUAUUGGUGGAAGAUAUCUUCAAGAUAGAUUUGAAAGUAAGAAUUCUGCCAGAUCAAAAUUCUUCACCACUAUUGAUUAUUCAUUUGAUGGGAACUUUUUAAUUGCUGGUGGUAAUAAUAAUUCUAUUUGUCUUUAUGAUAUCGAAACUGAAGUUUUAUUGAAGAAAUUUAAAGUCUCCCAAAAUAUGAAAUUAGAUGGAACUUUAGAAAAAUUGAAUAGUUCCCAAUUAAAAGAUGGAGGAUCCAUUGAAUUGAUUGAUAGGGAUGGUGAAAAUAGUGAUUUGGAAGAUAGAUUAGACUUUUCAUUACCUGGAACUUCAAAAGGUGAUGCCAGUUUAAGAAGUGUUAGACCAUCAGUUAAAGUUAAUUCCAUUAAAUUCAAUCCUACAAUUUCAGCAUUUGCUGCUGGUUCGACUGAAGGAUUAUUGGUUUAUUCUGUUGAUAAUGAAAUUUUAUUUGAUCCUUUUGAAUUAGAUAUUGACAUUACCCCUAAAACCAUCAUUGAAACAUUAGAAGAAAAAGAUUACUUAAAAGCUUUGAUUAUGAGUUUCAGAUUAAAUGAGAUCAAACUCAUUAAUACCAUCUAUGAAUCGAUUCCUUUGAAAGAUAUAAAUUUGAUUUGUAAAGACUUACCAGUAGUUUAUUUGGAAAAGUUCUUAAAAUUCAUUGGAGAAAAAUCUAUUGAUUCUGUUCAUUUAGAAUUUAACUUGAUUUGGAUUAAGAACUUAUUGAUAUCUCAUGGUCAAUAUAUUAUGAAGAACAAACAUACAUUCAACCAUUCCAUCAAAUUGAUAAAUAGGUUCUUGAGCAAAUUAGCUAAAGAUAUUGUUAAAGUUAGUAAGACUAAUGAUUCAUUUACUGAUUUCUUACAAGUAGCUGUUGGAAAUAAGAGUGUUGAGGAACCUGAAUUCGAUGGAUUCCAUGAAGAUGAAGAUGAAGAUGAAGACGAAGAUCAAGAUGAAGAUGAAGAGAGUGAAGGUGAAUGGUUAGGACCAAGCCUUAAAACUAAUAAUGAUAAUUUCACUGAAUCUGAUGUUGAAAUGGAAGAAUAA